AUGAAUCACAAUGAUUCCACUUCCCUAGGCAGCAUCCUACCCUCUGCCAACACCACAGACAGCACUAAUACCUCCCCCUCUCUAUCUUCCACAAAGCAAAUCAAACAAAACAAACAAAAGCCCUCCAGCUCCCUCGCCAAACUGAGAAAGAAACCAACCUCAAACGAAAAUGCCCCCAGACCCUACAGCUGUCCCAUGUGCACCAAAGCCUUUCAUCGUCUAGAGCAUCGAACACGACAUAUAAGAACCCACACUGGCGAGAAACCCCACGACUGCACUCACCCAGGUUGCUUUAAAAAAUUCUCCAGAAGCGACGAGCUUACAAGACACAAGAGAAUCCACGACAAUCCAAACUCUAGAAAAUCAAAA